CUAUUGAUAAACAAGACUUCAGAAAUAAGUUAGUUUGUUAAAAUUGUGAUGCACAAACAAUUCUGUUAGUUGAAAUGUAAAACAAAAACCACAUAAAAGGAGCAUUCAUACUCGAUUGACAUAUAAGUAGUUGAAAUAUUACGUUCAUCUAAACGAUGUUUCAUGUUCAAAACUAUAUAAUAAAAACAAUUUCUCAACUAAAUAGUUUCACUUUGGUUAAAAAGGGGAAACGAGGUAAAUAUCACAUUUGGUCACUGAGAUUACUAAAUCAUGUCAUGUUUAGUCACUAUAAAAAUAUUAAUAUCAAUUUUGGUCACUCGAAUUACUGAAACAUGUCACAUUUAGUCAACUCUAUUAACGGAAUUGGACGAAAGCUAACGAAGAGUGACUAAAUGUGAGUGUAAUUGGAUUCCCUUUUCCUUUAUGAAUGAAUUGUUUAAGAAGAAGAGGUGUGGUUGUGGGACUGGGAUGAGCUGGCGGGCAUCCUUAAUUAGAUGGUCAUAUCAUUUCAUCAUACUGUGCUGUCUUGCUGAGUGACCCAUCUCUUUCUCCAUUAUCAUAUUCAUCAUCUUAUCAAUUCUAUAUUUAAUAUUUCUCUACUCUCCAAAAUCAACAAUCCCUUUUUAACCAAAUCCCAAAUGUCUUAGUUAUUGAAUAUUGAACAUUUCUAAAUCUCGAACAACAAUCAUGGGAUAAAAUAAGCUUUUGUAGAAUCACAUCGAGCAAUCAAGAGUCUCCAUACUUGCCAUUGCAGUCUCACUGCUCCUCGAACAACAAUCUGCCAUCUCAAAUCUCGACCACGUCUCGAAUCAUAUUUUAUGCCAACACGAGAUAAACACUCUAUUACCUAUCAUAAACGCCACAUCUAAGUAAUGGUUGCAUUUGAACAAGACUGCCCAAUAAAAUGGAUUUAUCUAAAUAACUAUACUUCUUCUUCAAAGUGGGAAACCACUGAGAGGCGAUGAUGAUUGAGUGAAGAGCACAGCUAAUUAACAAGUUUUCAAUAAUAAUAUUUGUUCGUAUGAUAUGGCUUUCUUUCAAACCUACACGACCCCACGAGUGGAAAUAUUUACUUCAUCUUCUUCUUCUUCUUCCUUCCCCACCCGCUGCCUCUCUCUCUCUCUCUCUGUAUUUCCAGACCAGGCAGUAGACAAUAGUCAAUCAGAAAGCAAGCCCCACAACCCUUCCCAGCUAAGCUCCAAAAACGAAUUAAAAACAGAGAAACCAAUUCAGUCAUUUACACAGUCACUCACUUCGUACUCUUUUGGGUCUUUGUUUCCAUCCCCUCGUCGUCCCUCCUUCCCCUUUCUAGCAAACCAAUCAGAUACAGAUGAAUGGCGAUUGAGAUUGGCACCUUACUCCACAACCCACCAAGCAGAAUCGCCAGAGCAGCAAUGGGUUUUUGAAUUUUCGACUCACAGACAGCAACACCAAGAAGAAAGUUGAAACCUUUUUGGCUCUCUCUCUCUCUCUCUCUCUCUGUCUGUCUUCCCUUUCUUUGUAUUUUUGCUACAGAGAGCAGAGUGAGUGAGAGACAGAGGGAGCGACUGUUUUGUUUUGUUUAAUCUCUCAAAAGCUCGCCCCACAAGGAGGCCAGGCCACCCUUCCUCUACUCCACCCUUCCCCACACAAACAAAAAAGAAUGGAGCUCACAGAUUCACAAAGCAAUCCCAAUAAGCAGCAGCAGCAGCAGCAAAACAACAACAGUUCCUCACAAGAACCCCACCCUCACCAUCUCCACCACCAUCUCCUCCAGUACCAACAGUUCCGCUUCGAUGGCGGCGGUGGAGGCGGAGGCGGACAAUCUCUUCAGCCUCCUUUCAUCGGCUCCAUCUCCCGUUCUACAGCUCCUUCUUACUUCCCCCAUCUCCACCACACUCCCACCUCCGCGCCUUCUACUGCUUCCACCACUCCAACCGCUACAACUACUACUACUACUACUACCAAUUCCUCUUCUUCUUCCCCUUCUCCUGCCGCAACGCCCUCGAAUUCCACCCACCUCGUCGACGCCUCCCUCGCCAUCAGAUCUGGGCAGCUGUCGGACUCCUCUGCCCAGAAAAACGAGAGUAAUAACAACAGCAGCCUGGCAGUGGUGACGGGGGGAGGAGCAGGGGCGGUGACGGUGGCGGCAGCGGCCCCGAAGCGGUCGACUAAGGAUCGACACACGAAGGUGGAUGGGCGCGGGCGGAGGAUCCGUAUGCCGGCGGCCUGCGCGGCUAGGGUUUUCCAAUUGACGAGGGAAUUAGGGCACAAAUCGGACGGGGAGACAAUCGAGUGGCUGCUGCAGCAGGCGGAGCCAGCAAUUAUCGCGGCGACGGGUUCGGGUACAAUCCCGGCCAAUUUCUCCACGCUGAAUGUCUCGCUGAGGAGCGGCGGCGGAUCUAGCCUCUCGGCGCCUCCGUCGAAAUCGGCGCUUCCGCACUCGUUUCACGGAGCGCUUGCUCUGGCGGCCGCGCAGCAGCAGCAUUACGAGGAAGGGUUUGCCGCCGCGCACCCGGCGCUUCUAGGGUUCCACCACCAGCAUAUGUUGUCGGCGGAUCAAAUUGGGGAAGCUCUGCCGAGCCCCAGCGGCGGAGAAAGCGGAGGAAGGGCGGAUUCAGGGGAGAAUUACAGGAAAAGGUUUAGGGAGGAUUUGUUCAAGGAUGAGAAUCAUCAGCAGCAGGAAGGCGGAGAGAGUAGCGGCGGCGGCGCAGAGGGAGGAGACGGCAGGGGAUCUCCGAAUAAAAUCCCCAAACAACAGCAGGAAGCAGGGCCAGCGUCAUCGCCGUCAGCGUCUUCUCCGCUACUCCGUCCAUCCAACGUUGUUCCAGCCACCGCGAUGUGGGCUGUGGCGGCAGGCCCCAACGCCGGUGCCGGGAACACGUUCUGGAUGUUGCCGGUGACAGCUGGCGGCGGCGGCGGCGGUGGACACUCAAUGGUCCCGCCGACGUCCACCGAAGCUCAGAUGUGGCCUUUCUCACAAGCAGCAGUAGGAGCAGGGAACCCAUCGAUUCAAGCUCCGUUGCAUUUCAUGCCCAGAUUCAACCUUUCCUCCCCGAACCUGGAUUUCCAAGGGGGAAGGCCAAGUCAUUUACAGCUGGGCUCAAUGGUGAUGCCGCCUCCGCCGCCGACGGCAGCGACAAAUCAGCCGCAGCAACAGCAUCCACCGUCGCACCAUCUCGGGCUGGGAAUGUCCGAAUCAAAUUUGGGGAUGCUGGCUGCCCUCAACGCUUACUCCAGAGGCGGGCUGAACAUGAAUUCUGAGCAACACCAGCACCAGCACCAACAUCAACAUCAACAUCGUCAAAAUCACCAUCAGCAUCAGCAGGAAGAAGAGGAAGCAAAUAGCGAUGGUGAAGAAGAUCCCAACAACAACGAGGAUGAUUCUCAGUGAUACAGGAAACAAAUUCGUGGGUCGUUAGAUUCCUUUUGGUUAUCAUCAUCAUCAGUCUGUAAUCAAAAUGGGGGGGAACCUGCCAUCAUCUGCCAUUAGCAAUUUAGCAAAGGGAAUGGAGUGGAGAGCUUGAGUUGGAUUGAUUCUUGGUUUGUUAAUUAAGCCUUAAUUUGGUGUGAUUUAGGGGGGAGAUUUGGUUUCAUUUGAUUGUGAAGUGAAGAAGGAGAAUGGGAGGCAUGGCCAAGUUUGACAGAGUGCUUCGCUGUGAUUAUCUUGGCCUUUUUCUGUAUUUCAAUUUUUUGGAAUUUUUUUUUUUCAAUUUUUGUUGUAUUUUUGUUGGGCAGAAUGAGGAAGUUUGAGUUGGGAGAAAUAUGUAAUUUGGUUUUGUUUGGUCCAAAGGGACAAAACAGAAGGGAUGGGCAUCUCCAUCUCCAUUCUCUAUAAUAUAAUAAUAAUAAUAUAUGUAGAGAGAGAAUGGGAUUGUAAUUGUAUUGUAUUUGUGUUGAUUGUUUGGGAUUAGUGUGAGUAAAUUACUAUUAUGAGAGUGGCAAGAAAAAUGAGGAAAGAAACCUGUACAAAAGGAGGAACUUUGACAAAAGGGACCCAAAGGGCGAUUUGAUUAAAGAGGGUACCUGGUC